ACGUCUGCUAGCAUCUGGAGAGACACAGCAGCCGGGGACCUACAGAGCCACUGGCAGUGGCGCUGACUGACUGAGACACUAACCACCCACCUUGGGUCAGGCCUAGAGCUUUAACCAGAAGUGCUGAGUUCCUGCCACCGGGCAGGGAAGGGUUACUGGUCCAGAAGACUUGGGGCUGCUGUUGGAGGGACCUGACCGGAAACCCCUUCCCUGGUGGGUUGUGGGCUUAGGAGUUUAUCCAGGAUACUUGAAAUCCUCAGGGAGUGCCCACCUGCACUGCAGAUUCAUCGUACCCGUAGAGUUAGAGCGAAUAGCUAUCCGUGACGAUGGCACUGGCGCUGUUGGAGGACUGGUGCCGGAUAAUGAGUGUGGAUGACCAGAAAUCCCUGAUGGUGACGGGGAUACCUGUGGAGUGUGAGGAGGCUGAGAUCCAGGAGGUUCUCCAGGACACGUUAAAGUCCCUGGGCAGGUACCGGCUGCUGGGCAAGAUAGUCAGGAAGCAGGAGAAUGCCAGCGCCGUCUUAUUAGAGCUCCUGGGGGACACUGAUGUCUCGGAGAUCCCCAGUGAGGUUCAGGGGAGGGGGGGCGUCUGGAAAGUGGUCUUUAAGACCCCUAACCAGGACGCUGAGUUUCUUGAAAGACUGCACCUCUUUCUAGAAAAAGAGGGGCAGACCGUCUCGGGGAUGUUCCGAGCCCUUGGGCAUGAGGGAGUGUCUCCAGCCGCCGUGCCCUGCGUAUCCCCGGAGUUGCUGGCCCAGGUGGUGGGGCAGGCAGUAGCGCAUGCCCCGCAGCCCCUGCUGCCCAUGCGGUACCGGAAGCUGCGGGUGUUCUCGGGCAGCGCCGUGCCCGCCCCAGAGGAGGAGCCCUUUGAAAUCUGGUUGGAACAGGCCACCGAGAUAGUCAAAGAGUGGCCGGUAGCAGAGGCAGAAAAGAAAAGGUGGCUGAUGGAAAGCCUGCGCGGCCCCGCCCUGGACCUCCUGCGCAUCGUGCAGGCAGACAACCCCUCCGUGAGCGUGGACGAGUGUCUGGAGGCCUUCAAGCAGGUGUUUGGGAGCCUGGAGAGCCGCCGCACCUCCCAGGUGCGGUACCUGAAGACCUAUCAGGAGGACGGCGAGAAGGUCUCCGCCUACGUGCUGCGGCUGGAGACGCUGCUGCGCAAGGCUGUGGAGAAGCGCGCCAUCCCCAGGAACAUCGCAGACCAGGUCCGCCUGGAGCAGGUGCUGGCCGGGGCGAGCCUCAGCGAGACCCUGUGGUGCAGGCUUAGGGAGCUGAAAGACCAGGGACCGGCCCCCAACUUCCUUGAGUUAAUGAAGGUGAUCCGGGAGGAGGAGGAGGAGGAGGCCGCUCUUGAAAAUGAGAAUUCUGACGAUCCAGAUGAAGGUGACGAUGGCUAUGGGCACUGGCACAAGGAGACGGAUAACUAAAAGCUAAGCCAGAGCGAGGCUGCAGCCCCUGGGCCCGGGGACAUGCGUUUUACCGGGCCGAGGCCUUUCCCAUAUGCUUUUCUUUAGCGAAUGCAAUGAACACCAAGGCGUUCGAGCCAAGUCUUGAUCCUUUCCCAGAAAAAAAAUUACCUGAGAGUUUCUCGGACCGUAACCUAGAUUACCAAUACACAAAAUACUAAAUUCCAAACGUGAUGCCGUAACCUAAAGGAAACGUCACGUUCCCUUUAAACAUCCCCCAUAGACAAGGUUGCCCAUACCAUAGAAAAGUAGAAUUGGCAUGAGAAGAAAGCAUCCUUUCGUAACCUACCUGAAAACCUAGGCUUUUUCACCUGUCGGGUGGUUUUCUUUAUCGAAUCAGCAAAUCCCGUGUCCCUGAAGCAGGGAGAGGCUCCGCCCAAGGAGGUAACAGUCCUGCUCUCGGAGAGCGACAGGCCCCCCGAGGACAGGCCUGCCCGUGAGGAAGCUGAACAACCUUCUGUGUAAAUACGUUCCCGACGCCAGUCGCGGUGCCGUUGCCAAAUGAACACGGCCAUCUCCACCUUCAGGCUUCUCUCCUUUCUUGGGAAGCACGCCUCCCGCCUCCCUGCCAGGUGCCAGGUGUCAGGUAGACGGGUCCAGGCCCUGUGUUAGGCCCAGAAGACACAGCCCUCUGCCUGAUCCCUGCUUUCAAGAGGUCCGCCGCGUGGGAGGCGCCCUCAGGAAAGGGCGAUGUGGCAGGAGGGCAUGCGGGAGCAGCGAGCAGGCCCCUCUGGCGAGAGAAGGUUUUUAGUGGCGACAGAAGGCAAAGAGAGGAAAGGCAUGCACAUGUGCGUGGGCCUACGUGCCCGGUGUUGUGUGCAUGGCGCAGUUAACGUGUGCAGCAAGCCAGUGCUCCGCGUUGGUAAGCCGUCUCCUCUGUAUCAAACUGCUCACAAGCGGUGGAGCCGAGGCAGGGAUUGAGAACUCUCUGAAGCUCCAUCUUUACAAUGGAUCUCAACCCUUUACAUCUCGAAUAAACAGCAGGCAGGUGCCAGGGUAUUGCUAGCCACGUUUUAGCACGUAGACAUUCAGCAACAGGCUCACUUUUGUUUUCAGGCAUUGGAAAAAGGGUUCCCUUGCACUAUCUGAGCACGUGGCUGAACUUCGCU